AUGCUUGUGUAAGGUUUUACGUUUCUUAAACAGUAUUUCAAUAGACUCCCGAAGUGCAACAAUGAAAAUUACACUGUUUUUCGUUAUUUCUUUUGUGGGCGCGGUCAUGUCCAACCCUUGUCACGUGGAUGGAGAGAAAAGCCUCCACUGUGGCGAGGCGGAGAACAUGCAUUGUAAGACGGUCGACUACACUCCAUACUGCCACCAGAUCUCCAGUAACACAGCCAUGAACGGCGUAUGUACUUGCGAAAAACUGUGUUUCGUUGAUGACCAAUGCGCUUCUACCGGAUGUCCACCGCGCACGACAGCCAGAUGUACUGAAGCGUUCAGCAAUAGCAUUGAGCGCUUCUGUAUCUGCAAAUAGACGAAACAUUCCGUUUUGUCAUAUAUUUUGGAUGUGUAAAAUAAACUUAAUGUUCCCUA